AUGGAAGCGAAAAAUGCGACCGAUCGCUGGAAGUAUUCGGGUUGUUAUUUGGCCAAGAAGACAGCAACACACACAGAAUGUCAUUGUUACCAUAUGACCAACUUUGCACUUCUGAUGGACUUGCACGGAAUUGGAUUUUCCAUUUCGAAGACUCACCAGACGGCGCUGUCUUAUAUUUCAUACAUCGGAGGAGCUUUAUCUAUUCUCGGUUGUGUCUUGUCCCUGUUCACCUUUGAGUACUUCCGACUGACAAGCGAUCGUGUCCGGAUUCAUGAAAAUCUUGCCAUCUCGAUUAUUCUGGUCCAACUCAUCUUUCUGAUUGGAAUCAACCGAAAAGAUUCUCCUGUCAUGUGCAAAACGGUGGCCAUUCUUCUUCAUUAUGCGAUGAUGUCGAUGUUUUGUUGGAUGUUAGUUGAAGGCAUUCACCUUUAUAUAGUUCUCGUCAAAGUGUUUAGAACCGGAAGUCAUCUCAAGAAAUACGCGCUCAUUGGAUGGGGUCUUCCUUUGAUAAUAGUUGGAAUACCAGUCGGUUUAGCGUUCCAGGAUUAUGGACAAGGGAGUAUGUGUUGGAUGACUGGGUCGAGCUUGCUCAUUCUAUUUGUGCCAACAGUGGCAUUGGUUAUAAUGCUGAACACCAUUGUUCUGGCGAUUGUCAUUCGUGUUAUGCUCAGAUCUUUCCGUUCCUCUCAUCGAGCAAUUGCCGAAGAAACUUCAGCAAUAAGAGUUGGUUUGAAAGCAACUGCAGUUCUUCUUCCUUUGUUGGGUCUUACCUGGACAUUCGGUUUUCUGUCGAUUGAUGCUAGUUCCACUUUGAUCUUUACUUACAUUUUCACUAUUCUCAACUGUUUGCAGGGGCUGUUUUUCUUCGUGUUCCACUGCAUGAUGAAUAUUGAUGUUCGAAAUGCCAUCAAGAGAAAAUAUUUCGGCCGGAGACGAAGUACCUUAUCAGCCGCAAGAAAGAGUUCCGUCGAUUUUGAUACGUAUGGAGAAUAUUCCUCAGGGGGUAAAAAACUGGUCCGUGAUCCUUCGACUUCGGUCAGCACGAACACUACGGAUUUGUCCAACUUUGAGCGCAAGAGAGCAACGCUGAGCGAAAAACACCCGAGUCUGCUCAACAAGUCGACCCACAACGGCGAUCUGAACCAAGACGGUGGAGUAUCACCCACUGCGAAAAACCGAACCCUGCGCACCCAGUAUCAGGAAGAAGAUACGUCACACGUCACCAACUCUUUUCCCGAGAAAGACGGAGAGAAACAAAGCUGUCUGCCAAAGAUGAUUCAGCAGUCAAUGGACGACACCCGGGAGGACUCAAAAGAGGGUCAAAACAAUCAUACGUUGAAAUUCCGUUUUAAACCGGAAGAUAACACCCUCGACGUGGAAAAAGAGUGCGCGAAUAAAGAAGAGGGCGUCUACGAUGAUAUUCUCAACUCUCCAGAGUUUGAAAUUGUUAACACUGAAUCGAAAGAUGGAGCUAACUCUGUAAGAUCUGAAUUAUCUAACGAGUCUGACACAGAGAAAACCCUGAUGACAGAUAUCGAUACAUCGGAACAUAGUGAUGCGAAACAAAUGUUAUCAGCUAUGAAAUACAAAGAAGAAAUGAAAAAAGCUUGA